AUGCAGGCUGCGUCUAAUGGACACGGUGGUGUGGUCAGGCGUUUGUUAGCGGCCGGUGCAAAAGUUGACGCUCGAGAUACGUCUGGUCAGACGGCGCUGAUCUUAGCUUCAAAAGUGGGAUCGGACGCAGCUGUUGGAUGUUUACUGGGAGCAGGAGCCGACCCCGACGUUCAAGACUGGCGUGAUGGGAGGACUGCGUUGUCCCGGGCGGCGGAGAAGGGCCAUGAAGGGACGGUCGAGAUCUUGCUGAAUGGGAAUGCUGCGGUAGAUUUGGUGGAUAAAUGUCACCGAACUCCGAUGGCGUGGGCUGCGAUGAAGGGUCAUACAAGUGUGGUCAAGCUUUACCUACGAUGGAAUGCCAGUACCACCACAGAAGAUGACGACUACGACCGUACGCCAUUCAUGUGGGCGAUCAAAAGGGCCAUGAGGAUGUUAUUGAGGUUUUGA